AUGUUUACUGGAUCAACCGAGAGAUUUCUUUCUUUAAUGCUUCACAGACCCAGAUUUUCAAUUUCUCCAUCAAUUCCAAGUACUAAUUCAAUUAUGUUCUUCAUCAACCUGAAAAAGGCAGCAAAAUGGAAAAUUACCCGAAACGUCUUAACACGAAAUGACAACAAUGGACCCAUCAAGAAUCAUUGUCAAGAAAUUCCGUUUUUAUGGUUCACUUCUUGA